AUGGCAGCCGUUGUGCCUAUGCCGAAUACAGAGAUGACUUUGUUAGGUCGAAUCUAUCAACCACUGACCGACUUCUCUGUACUUAACGCCGCCAAAGAACAGAUGACCAAAGCCAUCGACGAUGGGUUGGCCGCACAAAAAUCGCAGUACGGCACGAUGUACAACGACACAGCCUUCUCAGCAUCCAUAUUCAGUCUGAAAACCGGCGAGUCACUCUGGCAGUAUCACUAUGAAGCCCCGGCCUUACCUAAGGAGUCUUUCACAAAGGGAAGCAUCACCGAGGACUCCAUCUAUCGCAUCGGAAGCAUCACCAAGGCGACGACCAUGUACACCUGGCUUGUUGGUCUGGGUGAAUCAACAUUCUACGAUCCCAUCACUAAGUACAUCCCGGAAUUUGCUGCAGCAGAAGCUUCCUAUAAGAACCCGAUUAUGUCCACGAACUGGAGUGAAGUGACGAUUGGUGCGCUCGCCAGCCAGAUGUCUGGAAUCGGACGUGAUUUUCAUCUCGGCGACUUCGCCACGCAAUCUUUUGGUCAGCCACCUAUAGAAGUGGUCGUCGACAACGGGUUCCCACCUCUGGCAAAUGAUACGAUAGUAUUUUGCGACUCCUACGGCGACAUCUAUCCUCAAUGCACCCGAGCCCAGUUUCUGCAAGGCAUUAUUGAUCACCCUCCGGUCAAUCCCGUAUGGUACACCCCUACGUACAGCAAUCUGGCAUACGCUAUCCUUGCCCUGGCGUACGAGUCAGCUACUGGUGUCCCAUUCGACAAGGCAGUCGACGAUUUGUUCGUCAACAAGCUGGGUAUGACUUCAACUACGUCUCAUGUACCUCAAGGGGACUAUGACGCAGUCAUUCCUCGCAACGACAGCUACGCGCUUUUCACGUAUGACAUCGGCAUACAAGGUCCAGCCGGAAAUCAGUACACCUCCACGAAGGACUUCCGGGCCUGGGGUCACGCGAUCUAUACCAACAAGUUCCUCUCUGCCGCAGAGACCAGAAAGUGGCUCAUGCCAGUGACUUCUACGUCAAGAUGGACGAGCUCUGUCGGGGCACCGUGGGAGAUCUACCGUACCGCGAUUACGACCAAUGAAGUCACCAAUGCUUCGCGCAUUGUCGAUGCCUAUACGAAGGGUGGUAAUAUUGGUCUGUAUGCAGCAAGCUUCGGCUUGGUUCCAGACUACGAGAUAGGAUUCUCCACACUUUCUACGGGCGAUCAUCCAGGCGGCCAAGAGUCUCCCGUGCGCGCCACAAUGAUUGACAUCUACUACAAUGCUAUCGAGGUCGCGAUGAAAGAUCAAGCCAACGGCACCUUCACCGGCACAUAUCGCGGGACAUCGGGGCUCAAUUCCUCCGUCACCCUUGGCGUCGAUGAAGGUCCAGGUGUGCGUGUUACUAGCUGGAUCAGUAACGGCACAGACAUGAUCAACAACGUCUUCUGGGCUGCUAAUAUCAAAGAGUAUCGACUGUUUCCGACCGACCUGAGCUACGAAGAGAAUGGUGUCAGAUAUCACAAAUAUGUCUUGGAGUUCUUGUUCAAUGAGUACGGCGAGGAAUUCCGCGACACUGACUUCUGGAGCGUCUAUAACGACUACUGGGUACAGACUGACUCGCUUAUGUACAACAAUCUAGCGACAGACUCAUGGGUCGUCGCAUUUGACAAGGACGGCAUGGUGCAGAGUGUGGAGUGUCAAGCUCUGAGAGCUGUCUUGGAGCGAGAGUGA